GAGCAGCGCCGAACACACGGCGGCGUUCCCGAUCGGCAAGUCGUCCUACGUGGGCACGCGGUGCCGCAUAUGGCAAAUAUAAACAAAAGUGCAAUGAACAUUAUCGAAUCGCCGGCGAUUUCGGUGCGUGUUUGCGCGAUUUGCACGUUCACUGCGAGAGCGCCAUUAUCACACAACUCCUGCGUUGUGUGUACCGAACCUGAGUGUUUGUGCUGUGUAAGUGUACGUGCGUAAACUGUGUAUGUGUGUGAAUUGUGUAGUGUGUAGUGUAGAUAAGCACACUGCUCAAAAGUGCUCAAGUAGCGCGGAUUGCGUUUACCUGUUGACGUAAUGCAAAUUAUUACGUACAUAAGAUUUUGCCGACACAUGUGAUCGUUGAAUUCGCAACAAUCAAUUGCAAUUCAAUGCGACGAAUACAUUCCCACGAAAGCUCAACGCAACGAAAUUUUUAACACAAAUUAAAACUUAAGUUAUCAGUGAAGAUUUUGUGAUUCAUCUGGCGAAGGAUCACGAAGUCGAUUUUGAAAUAUAGUUUAAUAUAAAAAAAAGUUCAACAAGUUGAUUAAUGUGCCAAACGAGAGAUGUCAUCGACGCAGGCUUACUACAAAGAUCGGCUGGGCUUCGACCCCAAGGAGGAGGCGUACCAAGGGCCUAAUCAGAAGUACAGGAAGACGGAUGCAACGCAUCACAAACAGCAGCAGCCGUACGGCGAAGAUGUGCAGGACGGUUACGAGUUGAAUUUGACUCGGUUUAAAGACGAACGAGAUGCGAUCCAAAAGAAAACGUUUACGAAAUGGGUCAACAAACACCUAAAAAAGCAUUGGAAAUAUAUGAAGAACUACACAUGUCUUCACGUGUGUGUCGUUGUGAACAACUCCCCGUGCUGUCCACCUUCCGCUGGCAGGCAAAUCAGCGACCUGUUCGAAGAUUUACGGGAUGGGCACAAUCUUAUCUCGCUGCUGGAAGUGUUAACUGGCGAACAACUUCCGCGCGAGAGAGGUGUGAUGCGAUUCCAUAUGCUUCAAAACUGCGAAACUGUUUUGCACUUCCUGUACUGCAAGAAGAUCAAGUUGGUAAACAUCCGGUCUGAGGACAUUGUGGACGGAAAUCCCAAGCUCACACUCGGACUCAUAUGGACCAUCAUUCUGCAUUUCCAAAUUUCCGAUAUCGUCGUCGGCAAUGAGCAGAACAUUUCGGCACGGGAUUACUUGCUGCGAUGGGCGAAGAAGACGACGCACAAGUAUCCCGGCGUGCGAGUCAACGAUUUUACCAAGUCCUGGCAGGAUGGACUUGCUUUCACUGCGAUCAUCCACCGUAAUCGGCCGGAUCUGAUUGACUGGAGGCAGGCGCGACAACAGCAUGCUCGUCAGCGCAUGGAGACCGCUUUCUAUUUGGCAGAAAAGGAGUACGGAGUUACCAGAUUGCUCGAUCCUGAAGAUGUGGAUACUCAUGAACCUGAUGAGAAAUCACUCAUCACAUAUAUUUCAUCCCUCCAUGAAGUAUUCCCAGAGCCACCAGCGAUCCAUCCGUUGUACGACGCGAUGGCUCAGCAGAAAGCUCAGGAAUAUAGGGAACUGGCUUCGUCUCUGCAUUUGUGGAUGAGGGAGAAGACUAGUUUAAUGCAGGAUCGAUCAUAUCCGAACAACUUGAUCGAAAUGAAAAAGCUGGCUACGGAAUUAUCGCGAUUCCGCAGUGAAGAAUUACCACCGCGACAGCGCAAUAAACAUCACCUCAACCAAUUGUUCCGCGAAUUGGACAAAUACUUUAAGACAAUUGGUGAGAUCGACAUCGAACCCGAAUUGCAAAUCGACACGAUCGAACGCAAUUGGACGCGCCUGAUGGUGGCGUACCAAGAGCGCGAACGAUUCGUGAAUGAUGAAAUUAAGCGUCUGGACCGUCUGCAGCGUCUCGCCGAGAAAGUACAUCGUGAGAUCAAGCAGACGGACGCGAAUCUGGACGUUAUCGAACGACAUAUUGACGAAGAAUCUAGGCGUAUUGAUCGCAUGCAUCCACUGGAAGCGAAGCGCAUUGCUGACCAACUUGACGCUGAUCUGACGAAUGUUGAAACAACUAUUCAGUCACUUAUUACCGAUGUGCAUACACUUAUUAAUGGAAGGUAUCCGCAAGCUCCUGAUCUAGAGAAGCGCGUGAAGAAGUUACAUGAGCGCUGGGUGUCGAUGAAACACUAUAUGAUUCGCAAACUGGUUGAGCCGUUGGCGAAUAUCAGUUUCCCGAUUGAGGAGCGCACUGUCACCAAGCACAUCCGUACUGUGCAGGAGACGAGAAAUGUGGACACCAAUCCGCAUUUCCGUAGCCUGCAGGAGGCCAUUGAAUGGUGCAAGAUGAAGUUGAAACAACUGGUGGAGGCUGAGUAUGGAUCUGAUCUGGCGUCGGUUCAGCACGAGUUUGAUAUCCACCAGAGGGAACAUAAACAAGUGGAUAAUUUCCAUGCCAAGGUGGAUGUUUGCGUUAAGGGGCGUCAGUACUUUGGCGGAGAGGAGUUAAUUUUGUACAAUCAACACUUGAGCACUCUGCAAAAAGUAUACACCGAGUUGGUUUCCGAAUCCAACAAUCGCAUGAGUGAAUUGGAUAGUCUGCUGGACUUUAUCAAGUCAGCCACCAACGAGUUGCAGUAUCUCAACGAGAAAGAAGAAAUUGAAGUACUCAGGGAUUGGUCUGAUACGCAAAUGAAUUUGACAGCUGUUGAGAAGUACUACGAGCUAAUUUAUGGGAGUGGCGGAGAGUCAUUGAUGAGCGAAUUAGAAAAGAGAGAAAUCCAAUUCGGGUCUGUGCAAGACCGUGGCGAGAGCCUAGUGUUCCAAAAUCAUCCAGCGAGCAAAGCUAUCGAAGCGCACAUGUCGUCCAUGCAAGCGCAAUGGGCGUGGAUCUUGCAGCUCACGCAUUGUUUGGAGGAGCAUUUGAAAAACGCUCAGAUCUACCAGGAUUAUUACAAGAAUGUAGCACAAGCCGAAAAGUGGCUCAAAGACAAAAACGACACGCUGAACAAUGAAUACAGUCAAAGCGAAUUCACAUUGGACCAAGGUGAGCGCUUGUUGCAAGGAAUGCAGUCAUUGCGUGACGAGCUCAACGUGUUCGGCGACACUGUGCAACAGUUGGCCGCGCGUGCCGAGGAAGUAGUGCCAUUAAAACUACGCAGACAGCCUGUGACGAGGCCCAUCACUGUCAAAGCACUCUGCAGCUAUAAGCAGAACAACUUUGCCAUGGAGAAGAACAAAGAAUGCACUUUGACUGAUAAUUCUGGUCGCAUUAAGUGGAGAGUGCACAACGAUAAGGGCGUUGAAUGUCAAGUGCCAAGCGUAUGCUUUGUCAUCCCUCCUUUGGAUAAGGAAGCGCUGGACGCUGCCGACCGUCUGAGGAGACAAUACGAUAUGACUAUUCAACUCUGGCAGAAGAAACAACUGCGCAUGAGGCAGAAUAUGAUUUUCGCCACCAUCAAGGUAGUUAAGGGAUGGGAUUUGGCGCAGUUUAUUGCAAUCGGUGCCGAACAACGCAACGCAAUCCGUCGUGCCCUUAAUGACGAUGCCGAUAAACUUUUCGCUGAGGGCGAUCCAUCCGACCCGCAGUUGCGGCGUUUACGUCGCGAGAUCGAUGAGGUUAAUCGCCUGUUCGACGAACUCGAGCGACGCGCCAGGGCCGAAGAAGAGAGCAGAAAUCAGACGCGCAUUUUCAACAGUCAAGUGAGCACUUUGCUGCAGGCACUUGACGAAGCUGAGAGGAUCAUCAAUCAGAGAGUUAUUGCGCAUCUGCCAAGAGAUAUAGAUUCACUGCAGCAUUUGGUCCUGGAGCAUAAAGAAUUUGCGUCACGUUUGCAGAACUUAGAGGUUGAAAUAGACCAAGUGAAGGACACGUUCAGAAGCAUCACGUUAAAGACACCACAGCACAAGAAAGAUCUUGAGAAGGUGAUGAACAAAUGGAAGAACAUUUGCAAUAUUAGCAACUUGUACAUUGAGCGCCUCAAGUGUGUCGAGAUUGUUCUCACCGGAAUGGAGGAUGCUUCUCAAGUGAUUAGCGAUUUUGAAAGGAAACUUGCACUCUUCCACGAGCUGCCAAAUUCACGCAAGGCGUUGGAAAUGGUCCACGAUGACCUCUUGAAGCUGCAGUCUGCAGCUGGCCAACAACAGAUUGCCAUGGAUCAACUCAAUGAUGACUUUGAUAAUACGCGCCGCUUGACUGAAAAGUCUAGGCCGAACCAUCGCGGUCCGCAUAAUGACGUCAAGCGUCUGGAUGAAGACAUUCAAAAAUUGAACAAUCGCUGGAGCAACGUUUGCGCCCAGCUUGCAAAGUCAUUGAACGCCGUCGAGCAGGCAUACAACUUAUUAAAGAACUACAAGAAGGCCAAGGAAGUUGAAGAUGAAUGGAUUGAAGAACAGUACACCAAGUUGGAGACGAUGCAACCGUUGAUGCACAAACCUAAAGACAAUUUAGAAGCGACCCGAAAUCUUCUAAACACUGUAGUAGAACGUGCACCUAACAUAGAGAACGUCAACGACAAGGGAGGCCGCUUUAUCCGCGAAGGAAAGAUAUGGAGCAAAGCUCUGCAACGCUUCCGCGAACAAAUGCUGGAGUUUCAACCUUCGAUGGACGCUGAGCUGGCGAUGCAACCUAACAUUGGACCAACAGGGGCGGAUGCUACCGCCCAAGAACUGGAGCAGUUUAACGCCAAAUAUCAGUACAUCGUGGAUACGAUUUACGGCCGGCUGCAGGAGAUCGCUGCCAAAUGCCCCGGUGAUAUCGUCACUCUGAGACUCGUGGAGAGUAUGCAGCCAGCACCCUUCAGAACCUACAAAUCAGAAUUCCACAUGAGCUCCGGCACUGAACACACUUCAACAUUUACGACUACCACUCACUACAGCAAGCAAUAUGUGAAAACGAUGAAAAUUGAAAACGGUGCGCAUGAUACAAGCAUCGGCGAUCAUGUCGAUAACGUACGCAACGGCCGGUCGCACGAUAAAUUCACAUCGAAAACGCAUAUUACUCCCGAAACCACCCCCAUGGAAACAAUUCACUCACUGAAACGCGUUCACAAACAAACGGAAGAUAUUAUCUCCGAUCCGAUUAUUCAUACGGCCGGUAUUAAGAAUCCGUUCACCGGUGAACUGAUAAGCAUCAGCGAAGCGAUCGCUGCUCGUAUUCUCGACGUGCGCACCGGUAAGGUUGUCGUGCGACCGGAUGGCACGCAAAUGACCAUCGAUGAAGCGAAGAAGAUCGGUAUGAUUGAGCCGCUCAUCGCCGAAAGAUUGAACAGCCCUUGCGGGAUCAAGGGCGACGGGCAGAAUAAUAUGACACUGCUGGAAGCCAUACAAACAAAGAUCUACGACGCCGAGCAUGGCUCGCCCGAGUCCAACGAAAAGCGCAUCAAGCAAGCGGUCGAGGAGAGAUACAAACUGUGCGAUGAAACACUCACGAAAUUGUUGCAAUGGAUUUCCGAAAUCGAAAUCAAGAUUGCGUCCCUCGACGUUCUCAAAGAGGUGGACGAACAUUUGCGCAACCAGAUUAACACCACAAAGCAGGUGAAAGAUGACCUCGAACAACAUUCCGGCACCGUCUCCCAUUGCUUGGAUCAAAUUCGUCAGUUGGUACUAACGGCUGGUGAAAUUCUUUCAAAGAGCGAAGUUUCUACUCUUGAGCGUAAUGGCAAAAACUUGAAAACGCGCUAUGACAAAUCUCAAGAUCGCACAGAUCGUCUCUUGAAGCGUAUGUUGUCUGCAAAUGAUGAGUUACAUAAGUUGAAUGGAGAGCUGACCAACUUCUCCAACUGGCUGCACAAGGCUACCAGGGUUCUGGAAGAAAAAGAGCGAACGCUCGGUGAUUUGCAACGUCUUAAUGCCAGUGGCGACAGUAUUAAAGAAUUCGUCGCCGAUGUCAUCUCACAUCAAGCGGAUCUGAGAUUUAUCAACAUGUCUGCACAAAAGUUUGUUGAUGAUUCUAAAGAUUACCUUAAUAUCCUAAAUGAGUUCCGCACUACACUGCCAUCACGCUUGCCACAUUUGGAGCCGUUAUCUGCUCAGGAGUCUGCAGUUCGUAGCGAAGUCACAACUGUUGGUCAAAAAUAUCGCGAUCUUCUCAACAGAACCAACAUGUUGUCUGAUAGAUUGUCAGGUCUCGGAGGGCGCCAGAGAGAUUACAAUGACGCUUUAGAUAAAGCCCGCGCUUGGAUGCGUGAGGCCGAACCACGUGCCAACAAGAUUCUAAACGAACCCAUCGGAGGUGACCCGAGAACUUUGGAAGAACAAUUAAACAAGUCGAAGUCAAUGUAUAACGACUUUGUUGCUAACGGAAGAUUGAUUGACAGCGCUAAACAAAUGACCGCAGUGCUCAUCCAGAAUCUGGAAGGACAACUUUCGCCAUCCGAUAUUUCCAGAAUUGAAGAGCCAGUAAUUGAACUUGACCGCAAAUACAACCAAUUGAAGAAUGCGUUGAGCGAACGCUGUCAAGAACUGGAGACUGCUUUGGUGCAAUCACAGGGUGUUCAAGACGCUCUAGAUAAUAUUGUGUCUUGGUUGAAUGGUGCUGAAAAUGAAUUCAAGAAUAUUCAACGACCAGCGUCUUUGAUCAAAGAACAACUCGAAGAGCAAAUUCGUGAACAUCAAGUGUACCAAUCCGAUAUUGAAACACGCAUUUCUUCUAUCGAUUCCAUUUACAUGUCCGCUAGUGAACUGGUUUCUAGUUCUAGUAACACUCGUGUUGCCAAAAAGCUUGAAGAUAGACUCAAGGAUGCCAAAAACCGAUUUGAUAAAUUACUUGAGCGUACACAGAAACGCGGUGAAUUUUUGCACGAGGUUCAUGAACAACUCGUGCGCUUUGUUUCGCAGUCUGAUCAAUUCGAGAAGUGGUACUCUGGUAUCGUUGAUUUAAUUGAGUCUCGUGAAUUUGCCAAAUUAUCCUUGGAGGAAUCGUCCAUUAAGAUUCAAGAAAUUGCCUCUAAUCGUGACAGCAAACGAUCAUUGGUUGAACAAGCCAUUCAAGGCGGUAAGGAUUUAGUCAAUAAACGGGAUGUGACCGAUACAGCUCCUGUCAGGGACCGUGUUAAGUCUAUGGAGAAUCAUUGGAGGGAUUUGAACAACCUUCUUGAUGAAAAGUACAAGCUCUCGAAGCAACGUUCCGAACAACUUCAAGCGUAUGACAAUCUGCGCCUGAAUAUUAACGAUUGGUUGAGCAAGAUGGAAGCACGCAUUGCUGGAUUAGAUGUGAUUGCACUUGAUGUCCAGGUCAUCCAAAAACAACACGAUGAAUUGAAACCCAUUGCCAAGGAGUUCCGUGAUUUUGCUUCAACCAUUGAUAAGAUCAAUGAUGCUGGAAAUAUGUACGAUAGUUUGAUCCGCGGCGAACGUACUGGUCAACGAUACAGUCCUGUAAAGCGUACAAGUCCCUUGCGACAUGAUGGCAGAUCUCCAUCUCCUACCAAGGCCUUGAGCCCACUGUCACCCAGUGGUUCCAGUGGUUUCUCAUCUCGGCGCUCUAGCCAAGAUGGUUUCCACCUUGAAGAGCUUUCCCCGAUCCAACAACAACUGGCCGAAAUUAAUAACCGUUACAAUUUGGUAGGCGUGAAGAUUAAUGAUCGCCAGAAUGAAAUCGACACCACUCGUGAUGAAGUCAAGAAACAAUUGGAUAAUUUGAAAACACUUAGCGCAUUUUUGGACAAAGUUCAGAGGAAUAUGCCCAAAGACAUUAUACCAUCCAGCAAAGAUGAAGCAGACAAAAUAAAUAGGCAACUGAAACAGAUCCUCGAGGAAAUGUAUGAGAAGCAAUCACUGGUUGAUUCCACCAAAACUCAGAUUAAGGAGCUUAUCCGCAAGAAGCCAGGCGCUAUCGGAGCUAACAAUUUGAACGAUGCUGUGGAUGAUAUUGUCGCUAGAUGGAAGACUUUGUAUGACCUUUGCAAAGAACGCAUUCAAUUCAUGGAAGACCUUAAGGACUUCUUGGAAACUCAUGAUUCUUUAUCAUCUUGGUUGAGUUCCAAGGACCGCAUGUUCACCGUGCUUGGUCCGAUUUCUAGCGAUCCCAGAAUGGUCCAAUCUCAAGUUCAACAGGUACAAGUCCUUCGCGAAGAAUUCCGUACUCAGCAACCACAAUUGCAACAUUUGAUCGAUGUUGGUGACAAUAUCUUGGCGGUAGCCAACCCUAACUCUCCUGAUGGAAGAAAGAUCAAUGACAAACUCGCAACGAUUCAAAAACGCUGGGCCGAUUUACUGGCUAAGCUUGAAGAGCGCGCUGAUUCUCUUGGCGCUGCCGCUGAUACAAGUCGCGAGUUUGACGCUCAAUUGACUCGUCUGAGGGAUGCACUUCAAGGUAUAUCCGAUGCUUUGGAUGAACUUCCACUCGAUAAAGAUCCUGAGGAGCAAUUACGCAAGAUUGAGAACUUGGAAAGGCAGUUAGAAGGACAACGACCACUCCUGGCUGAUUUGGAGACAGCCGGUGCUCAAUUGUGUGAAGUGUUGAGCGAUCCAGCGUCAAGGGCUGACAUUCAAGCCAAAUUAGCAGCAAUCGGUCGUCAAUACAACGCUUUGCAGAAGAAACUUGACCAUCGUAAGGCUGAGAUUGAGAACAUGCUACGUGAUGGCAGGCAAUUCGAAGAAUCUUGUGCCAAGACAUUGGGCUGGCUUUCGGACGAGCUGGGAAGCCUUUCUGAACGUUUGCUAGUAUCCGCUGAUCGUGAUAUCCUUGAACAGCAAGCUGCGCAACAUGAACCCUUCUACAGGGAAGUUAUGUCACGCGAGCAUGAAGUCAUUAUGCUCCUCAACAAAGGUCGCGACCUUCUUGCUAAGAGCAACAAGGCUGACACACGUAAUUUGCAAAGGGAUCUCGAUAAGAUUCAACAACACUGGGACAAAUUGCGCAAGGAGACAGUCGAUCGCCACACCAGACUGCAAACCUGUAUGGAACACUGCAAAAAGUACUACCGCUCUUUGGAUGCAUUCCUUCCAUGGCUGCGACAAGCAGAGGAUAAACUGGAUAGCUUAAGACCAAGCUCAUUCCAACGUAAGCACAUUGAUAAACAACUGAAGGAAUUACAAGCGUUCAGAAAUGAUGUCUGGAAGAAAUCUGGAGAAUACGAGAACACCCGUACCCUUGGUGAUACUUUCAUUUCUGCUUGCGAUAUUGACAAAGAAGUGGUUAACAAUGAAAUGUUGACUUUGAAGGAACGAUGGGAUAAACUCAACAACGAUCUUUCACUGCGUACCCAAGCAUUGGAAGAACAAGCAAGGAAGUUGCAAGAUUUUAACGAGAAUAUGCGUGAUUUGCAGCAUGGUCUCGAACGUUGCGAAGAUAAACUUGCUUCCCAUGAUUCCCUCGGUGGUGCGGCUAGAGAUCCUAAACUACUAGACAGGAUUAAGAAUCUUAAGGACGAAGUUAAUGCCUUGAUGAAGCCGUUGCAGACAUGUAAACAACAAGCCACAGAUUUGUACCAUGAAGCUAAGGAAAGUGGCAUUGACGGUCAUCACUUGGUCGAUGAGGUCGACGCUCUUGGCGACCGGAUUCAAGAACUACAAGGCAAGUUGGACGAUAGAUGUUCAGAUUUGCAAUCAGCCGCAACUGCUGUUACCCAAUUCAAUGAGCAAGUCAAGGCCUUGUCACAUGACUUGUCAGCUCUGGAAUCUGAAUUAGAUGGAAUGAAACCACCUGGAAGAGAUGUGAAAGUAGUGCAUCAACAGAUUGAUGAUGUUGGACGUUUUGGUCAAAAGCUUAACAAGGCUGCUGAUGAUGUGAAUAAAGCCAUUUCGGCUGGCGAACGCUUGGUUGAUAAUGGCUUUGCUCCAGACACAGCACAAACACGCCAUCAAGUUGAUGGAUUACGUCGCCAGUUAGCAAAAUUAGACGACAGGGCCAAGGCACGUGAACAGAAACUAGAGACCAUCUUGAAAAAACUUGAGAACUUCUUUAUGGUGCACUCUAAUGUGAUGGACAACAUCCAAGACGCUUCUGAGGAAUUGCGUAAAAUGAAACCUGUUGGUACUGAUGUGGAGACUAUUAGAGCGCAACAACAAGAAAUGAAGAGGAUACGUGCCAAAACCAUUGAUGCACUUGGAAAGAAUGUCGAUGAAUGUAACCGAAGUGGUCAAGGGCUUAUUCAAUCCGCUGCUCCUGGUGUGAGUACAUCCACCCUGGAGAAAGAACUUGAGAAGAUGAACGAUUUAUGGAAUAACUUGAAGGAGCGUUUGAAUGAACGAGAAAGGCGCCUGGAUGUUGCGUUGUUGCAAUCCGGCAAAUUCCAAGAAGCUUUAGAUGGAUUAGCUAAGUGGCUCACUGACACUGAAGAACUUGUGGCAAAUCAAAAACCACCUAGUGCGGAUUACAAGGUCGUCAAGGCACAGCUGCAAGAACAGAAGUUCUUGAAGAAGAUGCUUCUGGAUCGACAAAAUUCGAUGUCUAGUCUGUUUAGCAUGGGAAAUGAAAUUGCCAAGGAUGCUGAUCCAGCAGAAAGGAGAGCAAUUGAGAAACAACUUAAAGAUUUAAUGGGACGUUUUGAUGCGUUGACUGAGGGAGCGCAAAGACGUACACUCGACUUGGAACAAGCCAUGAAAGUGGCUAAAGAUUUCCAGGACAAACUCAUUCCCCUUCAAGACUGGUUGGAUCGCAGCGAGAAAAAGAUCAAGGAUAUGGAACUUAUUCCCACCGAUGAAGAGAAAAUUCAACAACGUAUUCGGGAACAUGAUGCUUUGCACGCUGAGAUUAUUCGAAAACGCACCGAGUUUUCAGAGUUGGCUGACAUUGCAGCCAAUCUCAUGUCGCUUGUGAGUGAAGAUGAAGCUUCGACUGUCGCUGAUAAAUUGUCUGAAGUUACCGAUAGAUAUGGUCUUUUAGUAGAAGCUAGCGAGGAAGUAGGCAGACUUCUAAACGCCUCCCGCCAGGGUCUAAGACACUUAGUACUCACAUAUCAAGAUCUUGCUGGCUGGAUGGAUGCGAUGCAGCAGCGUUUGGGCAGAUACAAAGUCUUGGCUGUUCAUACUGAAAAACUCCUAGAACAGAUGGACGACUUGACCGGAUUAACGGAAGAAAUUGCAAGCAGGCAGAACGAUAUUGACGGAACUGUCGAUGCGGGUGUGGAACUCAUGAAACACAUUUCGUCCGACGAAGCUAUUCAACUUAAAGACAAACUUGACUCAUUGCAACGUCGUUAUAACGAUCUUACUACACGCGGAUCUGACUCGCUAAAACACGCUCAAGAUAUGCUACCAUUAGUCCAACAAUUCCACAACAAUCACAACAGAUUGGUUGAUUGGAUGCAAGAUGCCGAGGCGAUCUUACAAUCUGGUGAUAGCAAUGAGGGAGACAUCGCGCGUUUGGAAGUUGAUUUACAGGAAUUGCGCCCAGUUUUGGAAACAAUCAAUUUGGUUGGUCCACAAUUGUGCCAAGCUAGUCCAGGUGAAGGUGCAUCGACCAUUGAAGGUUUGGUGACAAGGGACAAUCGUCGCUUUGAUGCUAUUGCCGAACAAAUCCAACGUCGCGCAGAGAGAAUCCAUCUGGGCAAACAAAGAGCGUUGGAAGUCACUUCCGAUAUUGAUGAGUUGCUGGAAUGGUUCCGCGAUGUUGAAAACCAAAUCCGCGACGCUGAUAAGCCGUCCGCCGAUCCGGACGUAAUUCGUGUGCAACUGAAGGAACACAAAGCGCUUAAUGAUGAUAUUUCUAGUCAAAAAGGACGCGUACGCGACGUUCUCUCCACUGCUAAGAAGGUGUUGCGCGAAUCUCCGCCGAGCGAAGACAUGUCACUUAUUCGCGAAAAGAUGGAAGACUUGCGCGAAGCAAUGGACACCGUUUCAGCGCUGAGCAGUGACCGUCUGGGCGUUUUAGAACAAGCGCUCCCACUUGCCGAACAUUUCCACGACACUCACGCCGUUUUGGCCAACUGGUUGACUGACAUGGAAGAACAAGUAUCUAUGUUGUCUAUGCCCGCGUUGCGACCAGAUUUAAUUGCUCAACAACAAGAUCGCAAUGAGAUGUUCCUGCAAUCGAUCAAUGAACACAAGCCACUGGUUGACAAACUGAAUAAGACCGGCGAAGCUUUGAUUCGCCUUUGCACGGAAGACGAUGGCAGUAAGGUACAGGACUUAAUCGACAGCGAUAAUAGUCGGUAUGCUGCGCUUCGUCAAGAAUUGCGCGAACGUCAACUAGCUCUCGAGCAGGCGUUACAGGAAAGCUCACAGUUCUCCGACAAACUGGAAGGGAUGCUUCGUGCUCUUUGCAAUACUGCAGAUCAGGUCAACAAUCAGGAACCAAUCUCGGCACAUCCACCAAAGAUUCGCGAUCAAAUUGAAGAUAACGAUGCACUUAUUGGUGAUCUCGAUAAGCGCAAGGAAGCUUAUGCGGCGGUCAAGCGCGCUGCUGAUGAUGUGAUUAACAAGGCUGCCAAUCGCGCGGAUCCUGCUAUCAAGGAUAUUAAACGUAAACUUGAUAAGCUGAAGACCCUUUGGGAUGACGUGCAGAAGGCAACUAACACGCGCGGCAGAUCUUUGGAUGAUGCUUUGAAGGCAGCUGAGAAGUUCUGGAAGGAAUUGCAAGCGGUUAUGGUUCAACUUAAAGACCUGGAAGAUUCACUACAAACUCAAGAACCGCCCGCGGUGGAACCGAAGGCAAUUCAGAAGCAACAAGUUGCCCUGCAGGAAAUUAGACAUGAAAUUGAUCAUACAAAGCCUCAAGUCGAACAAGUUCGUUCUUCUGGUGUCAAAUUGAUGCAACUUGUUGGCGAACCUGAUAAGCCCGAAGUUAAGAAACACAUUGAAGAUUUGGAUAAUGCUUGGGAUAACAUCACUGCCUUGUACGCCAAGCGCGAAGAAAAUCUUAUUGAUGCCAUGGAGAAGGCAAUGGAGUUCCAUGAAACUCUUAGGAAUUUGUUGGAGUUCCUUACAAAGGCAGAAACUAAAUUUGCCAACAUGGGACCACUUGGCACAGACAUUGACGCCGUUAAGAAGCAAAUCGAUCAACUCAAGAAGUUUAAGGCUGAGGUCGACCCGCAUAUGGUUAAGGUUGAAGCUUUGAAUAGGAGUCUUAUAAGGCAAGCCCAAGAACUAACGGAGCGAACCUCUGCUGAUCAAGCUGCGUCCAUUAAAGAACCUCUCAUUGCUGUUAAUCGCAGAUGGGACGAGCUUUUGCGUGGUGUUGUGGAACGUCAGAGACAGCUUGAAAACGCGCUGUUGAGAUUGGGUCAAUUCCAGCAUGCUUUGAACGAGUUGCUGGUAUGGAUUAGCAAGACCGACAAGACUCUGGACGAACUUAAGCCUGUUGCUGGUGAUCCGCAAAUCCUGGAAGUUGAACUGGCCAAACUUAAAGUGCUGAUCAACGACAUUCAAGCACAUCAGACUAGUGUUGACACUCUUAACGAUGCUGGCAGACAAAUUAUUGAGAGCGGUGACGAUGAAGCUUCAGUCACUCAAGACAAGUUGAACACGCUUAACAGUCAUUGGAAAAAUCUCAUGCAAAAGGCUGCCGACAGGCAACGCGAGUUAGAGGAUGCCUUGACGGAAGCUCAACAAUUUAAUGCUGAAAUUCAAGAUCUUCUCAGCUGGUUGGGUGAUGUUGAUGGUAUUAUUGCCGCAAGUAAACCGGUGGGCGGUCUGCCAGAAACGGCAAGUGAACAAUUGGAGCGAUUCAUGGAAAUCUACACUGAACUUGAAGAUAACAGACCCAAGGUUGAAACAGUUCUUGCCCAAGGACAGGAAUAUCUUAAGCGUGGUUCAAACGCUGCUUCCAACUUGCAGCAUAACUUGCGCACACUGAAACAACGAUGGGAUUCAGUUACUGCGCGUGCGAACGAUAAGAAGAUCAAACUUGAGAUUGCGCUUAAGGAAGCUACCGAAUUCCACGAGGCCCUUCAAGCAUUCGUCGAUUGGCUCACAAAUGCUGAGAAACAUUUGAGUAACCUGAAAUCAGUUUCCCGAGUUUUGGAAACCAUUCAAAAUCAAAUCGAAGAACAUAAACUUUUCCAGAAGGAUGUCAAUGCCCACAGAGAAAUCAUGUUAAACUUGGACAAGAAGGGAACACAUUUGAAAUAUUUUAGCCAGAAACAGGACGUGAUCCUUAUUAAGAACUUGCUCAUCAGUGUCCAGCACAGAUGGGAACGCGUAGCGUCCAAAUCUGCUGAGCGCACUCGCGCAUUAGAUCUUGGAUACAAAGAAGCCAAGGAGUUCCACGAUUCAUGGUCUGGUUUGAUGAAUUGGCUUGACGAAACGGAAGCUCAGUUAGACGAACUCAAAGAUUCCAUUGGCAACAAUCCAGAUGUUAUUAAAACUCGUCUUGCAAAACAUCAAGAAUUCCAACGGGCCCUGUCCGCUAAACAAGCUACUUACGAUAGUACCAUGAAAAUGGGCAAGUCACUCAAAGACAAAGCUACUAAGAACGAUGAGCCAACUCUGAAACAGAUGUUAGUUGAAUUGAAGAACAAGUGGACGUCAGUCUGCAACAAGAGUGUCGAUCGGCAGCGUAAACUUGAAGAAGCGUUGUUGUAUUCUGGUCAGUUUAAGGAAGCCAUUGCUGCAUUGUUGCAAUGGCUGAAGCGUGUUGAAAAGGAUUUAUCAGAAAAUCGACCACUACAUGGAGAUUUGGAUACUGUUAACCAUCUGUUGGACCAACAUCGUCGUUUUGAACAAGAUCUUGAAGCGCGCAACGUACAAAUGGAAUCUGUUAUGCGCACUGGCAAUGAGCUACAAUUGAAAGCUAGUGUUUCGGAUGCUUCUGCAAUUAGAACACAAUUGACUGAACUCACUAGUUUGUGGGAUUCGGUAAGUACGCUGACAACCCGGAAAGCCAGCAGACUAGAAGAAGCCCUUCGAGAAGCGGAACGUCUUCACAAAUCCGUACACAUGUUGCUCGACUGGCUCACCAACACUGAAAUGAAACUGAGAUUUGCCGGAAAUACACCAGAGGAUGAAGCAUCUGCAUACGAACAAUUGGACAUUUUAGAGAAGGUCAGACAGGAACUCAUCGAAAAAGAGAUUGAGAAAGACAGGACUCUAGAGUUAGCCCAUUCCGUAUUGGCCAAAGCUCAUCCUGAUGCCGUGCAUGUAAUCAAGCAAUGGAUCACCAUUAUCCAAUCGCGCUGGGAAGAGGUUUCUCAAUGGGCGAAGCAACGAUAUGACAAACUAUCAAGUCACAUGCAGUCGCUCAAGGACUUGGAUGAAUGUCUCGAAGAACUUUUGGCGUGGUUGCUUGGUUUAGAAAAUACACUAUUGUCUUUGAAGCAGGAAGAACUACCAAUGAGUAUACCAGCUACCGAAAGACUCAUUGCUGAUCACAAGGAAUUGAUGGAGAAUACCCAGAAACGACAAAUUGAGGUCGACAGGGUCUGCAAGGCGCGUCAAAUUAAAGUGCAAACUAAAGACUCCAAGAAGUACAUCAAGGGAAAACUGCCAAUUAGAGGAUCACAGCAUGAUUUACGUGAAACCUCACCUGAUUAUGGCAAACUCGGCCGUAAGCAAAGCUUCAAAGGUUCACGCGACUUGUACACCGGACGCAGCAGGAUCAGCCCAUCCAGGGAAUUCAGCCCAGAUCCGCAGUUGCCUCAUUAUGGACCUAGAUUCCCAAGCGCCGAACCUGAGUUCAAGAGCCCAAGGGUAAAACUUUUGUGGGACAAAUGGCGCCACGUUUGGAUGUUGUCCUGGGAACGACAGAGACUUUUGCACAACCAUUUGGCUUACCUCAGGGAGAAGGAACGUGCUGAUAACUUUGUAUGGGACGAAUGGAGGAAGCGCUUCCUGAAGUUCAUGAAUCAUAAGAAGUCCAGACUCACUGACUUAUUCAGAAAAAUGGAUAAGAAUAACGACAAUCUUAUUCCGAGGGACGAUUUUAUUAACGGCAUCAUUAAUACUAAAUUUGAUACCAAUCGAUUUGAAAUGAAGGAAGUUGCUGACAUGUUCGAUAGAAACAAUCGCGGUCUGAUUGACUGGAAGGAGUUUAUCGCUGCUCUCAGACCCGAUUGGGAAGAGAAGAAACCUGAUAAUGACGCUCAAAAGAUACAUGACGAAGUCAAACGUCUUGUUAUGUUAUGUACCUGUCGCCAGAAAUUCCGUGUGUUCCAAGUUGGAGAAGGAAAAUACAGAUUCGGUGACAGCCAAAAGUUGCGACUGGUUCGUAUUCUUCGUAGUACCGUGAUGGUGCGCGUUGGGGGUGGAUGGAUCGCAUUAGACGAAUUCUUGUUGAAGAAUGAUCCUUGCCGAGCUAAGGGCCGCACCAACAUUGAGCUCCGCGAACAGUUCAUCCUGGCCGAUGGUGUGUCGCAAUCCAUGACCGCAUUCAAGCCGAAGACAUCGGCUUCUUCACCUGCCUCCGGUUCGUCCGCUACCUCUUUGCGUACGUCGCAAGGACCAAUCACCAAGGUACGAGAGCGUUCAGCCAAGUCGGUGCCAAUGUCCGGCAGCAGCUUUCCCCGAUCAUCCAAGUCCAACUUGUCAGCUGGAACGCCGGAUUCUCUCUCCGACACCGAAGGUCCGUCCUACAGGACCCCGCGCAAAUCCUCGUACCGAUCAACUCUCACUCCUGGGGACUCUCGUUCCAACUCGAGACCCACUUCAAGAACUGGCAGCCGACCAGGAAGCAAACCACCAAGUCGUCACGGUUCCAACUUGUCUCUUGACAGCACUGAUGAUACACCAUCUCGCAUUCCACGAAGAACGUCGGCGAUGUCUGGACGAUCUGGUAGCACAGCAUCAUCUUCUGCACGAAGGUUGAAUACAAACGGAACAUCUUUAUCACGUCCUAGGACGCCAACAGGAUUAGUUUCUCCUGGCAGUCCAUCAGCAAGAUCAUCUGGCAUACCACGAGCAUCCAGUAUUCCAACCCUAACAACAAUAUUAACGCCCAGGUCUCGCAUUCCGAUUUAUAAAGGAAAUUCGGGUGACUCUGAUUUACAGUCACUAUCAACCUCUAGCUCUUGUUCUGUAUCUUUAUCAUCGGGUACGAAGUCUUCAAAUUCAAAAAUACCUAUACCGAAUAGGACUACCACUACCAAAACCAGGAAUCUAUCUACUUCUAACGCUCCAAUUUUGCGAACCGCCUCUAGAACACGAACACCUUCGGGAUCUAACACCCCGGUACCGGCUGGCGUUCCUACCGCCGCUUCAAGAUUAUUGCGGCGACCAUCUGGAGCUGGAGAUACGCCGACAGGACAACAGAAAAAUCAACAACAUCGUCAACAAAGCCAGCAUGGCUAUAAUUGUAACACUUUUGGUUUACACUAACAAUUCCAUUCUAACUGACUGACACUUUAGGAGUAUAAUUACGCAUAUUUUUCUAUUUAUAAAUGUGUAAAGAGUAUUUAAGGAAACGCCUGCAAAUCUUUGCCAGCGUCUUGUUAAAAUCGCCAGUUUAACAUGGCGCUUGCAAACAUCUGGAACAGGUCAAACAAGAAAACGAAAAUGAAGAAAGUUACACUAAAAUCGGAUACACGAUUACUUACAUUUUUUAUUUAGAUUUGGUUUUGUGUACGUAAUCUGUUAUAGUUGCCAUAUUUAACAAAAUCAAUUUUGUUUUUAAUUAAUAAUUAUUUGGAAUAAUUUAAUUUAUUUAUGAUUUAUAUUUUAUUUCUAGAAGAAUUGUUCACGAUUUUGUUAAAAUUGUAUAAAGGAAAGUCAGAUUGUUCCAAUAUCAUAUAAUCGCAAUCUUCUAAAACAAUUGGUACUUUUUAAAGAAGAGCGAUCACAAGUAUUUGUAAAGUACAUACAUUGUAAUCUGUCCAAUUCUUUUGCAAAUCGCCAGUUGCAUUUGAGUUGGAAUAAGUCAUUUGAUAAAAUUUGAGGUAUUUAUAAAAGAUUUGCUUGUAUUAUUUAACUAAGAUUGUUAUUUAAUAAACUAAAUUUUAUUAAA